AGCUUGCAGCAGCUCCGUCCGUCCUGCACCGGGAGGAAAGAACGAGAAAGCUGGGACUAUUGCUACAGCCACUCAUCCGUAUGAGGGACCUAAAACUCUUCACUGUCGCCCUGAAAGUAAAUUUGACUGUCUGAAGGAUACGAGUCUUGUGUGGCUGUGCUGACUGGAGGUAAGCCAUGGAGGAUGGGAAGCCAGUAUGGGCCCCGCACCCUACAGACGGGUUCCAGCUGGGCAUGAUUGUUGACAUAGGAGCCGACACGCUCACCAUAGAACCACUGAACCAGAAGGGCAAGACCUUUCUUGCUCCGAUGAGUCAAGUCUUCCCUGCAGAAGAUGAUGUCAACAAACAUGUCGAUGACAACUGUACCCUUAUGUACUUGAAUGAAGCCACUCUUCUCAACAAUGUCAGAGUGCGGUACAAUAAAGACCACAUCUAUACUUAUGUGGCCAACAUCUUGAUAGCUGUGAAUCCUUACUGUGACAUACCCAAACUAUACGGCCCUGAUGCCAUCAAGUCAUACCGAGGGAAGUCACUGGGCACUCUGCCACCUCACGUCUAUGCUAUAGCUGACAAAGCCUACAGGGACAUGAAGGUUCUAAAAAUGAGCCAGUCAAUCAUAGUUUCUGGCGAAUCUGGUGCUGGAAAAACUGAAAACACCAAGUUUGUUCUCAGAUAUCUGACCACAACAUAUGGAAGUGGUCAAGAUAUUGACGAGAGAAUUGUAGAAGCAAAUCCCCUUCUUGAGGCCUUUGGAAAUGCAAAGACAGUCCGGAAUAAUAACAGUAGUCGCUUUGGAAAGUUUGUGGAAAUCCACUUCAACGAGAAGAAUGCAGUCGUGGGCGGAUUCGUCUCCCAUUACUUGUUAGAGAAGUCGAGAAUUUGCAUGCAAAGUAACGACGAGAGAAACUACCACAUCUUCUACAGGCUGUGUGCUGGGGCAUCUGAGGACAUCAAGAAGAAACUGCACCUGGACUCUCCAGACAGCUUCAGGUACCUGAAUCGAGGUUGCACCAGAUAUUUCGCCAGCAAGGACUCCGAUAAACAAAUCAUGCAGAACCGCAAGAGUCCUGAGCAUGUAAAGGUUGGUGCACUGAAGGACCCUCUUCUUGACGACCAGGGUGACUUUAACAGGAUGUGCGUGGCCAUGAAGAAGAUUGGUCUGGAUGACACUGAGAAGCUGGAUCUGUUUAGGGUAGUUGCUGGAGUUCUGCACCUGGGCAACAUCGACUUUGAGGAAACAGGAAGCACUUCAGGCGGCUGUGUUCUGAAGAAUCAGUCCGGACAGACUCUGGAGUACUGCGCUGAUCUGCUUGGUCUGGACCAGGAUGAUCUGCGGGUCAGCCUCACAGCAAGGGUCAUGCUCACUACAGCAGGGGGCGCCAAAGGAACAGUUAUCAAGGUGCCUCUAAAGGUGGAACAAGCAAACAAUGCCCGCGAUGCCCUGGCCAAGGCAGUGUACAGCCGCCUCUUUGAUCAUGUGGUCAAACGAGUGAACCAGUGUUUCCCCUUCGAGGCUUCCUCCAACUUCAUUGGGGUGCUGGACAUCGCUGGCUUUGAGUAUUUUGAACAUAACAGCUUUGAGCAGUUCUGUAUCAAUUACUGCAAUGAGAAACUGCAGCAGUUCUUCAACGAGCGUAUUCUGAAAGAGGAGCAAGAGCUUUAUCAAAAGGAAGGGCUGGGAGUGAAUGAAGUGCAUUACGUUGACAACCAGGACUGCAUUGACCUAGUGGAAGCAAAGCUGGUGGGAAUCCUGGACAUUUUGGACGAAGAGAACCGUCUUCCUCAGCCCAGCGACCAACACUUUGCACUGGCUGUUCACAACAAGCAUAAAGACCACUUCAGACUGACGGUUCCCAGAAAGUCGAAGUUGACGAUUCACAGGAAUCUCCGGGAUGAUGAAGGCUUUAUCAUCAGGCACUUUGCUGGAGCAGUCUGCUAUGAAACAACUCGGUUUGUGGAGAAGAAUAACGAUGCCCUCCACAUGUCCUUGGAGAGCUUAGUGUGUGAAUCGAAAGACAAAUUUGUUCGACAGCUGUUUGAGAACUCCAAUACCACCAAGGACUCCAAACAGAAGGCGGGCAAACUCAGCUUCAUCAGCGUUGGCAACAAGUUCAAGACGCAGCUGAACCUGCUGCUGGAAAAGCUUCGCAGUACUGGCUCAAGUUUUAUUCGCUGUGUAAAACCCAACCUGAAAAUGGUUAGCCACCAGUUUGAAGGAGCUCUGAUUCUCUCACAGCUGCAGUGCUCAGGAAUGGUCUCAGUGUUGGACUUGAUGCAGGGAGGGUUCCCCUCCAGAGCCCCCUUCCACGAGCUCUACAACAUGUAUAAACAGUAUAUGCCCGAUAAGCUCACACGACUGAAUCCACGACUCUUCUGCAAGGCUUUGUUCAAAGCUCUGGGACUGAAUGAUCAUGACUUUAAGUUUGGAUUGACCAAAGUGUUCUUCCGCCCUGGAAAGUUUGCUGAGUUUGACCAGAUCAUGAAGUCUGAUCCGGAUCACCUCGCGGAGCUGGUGAUGAAAGUCAACAAGUGGCUGGUGUGCAGCCGCUGGAAGAAGGUCCAGUGGUGCAGCCUGUCUGUCAUCAAACUUAGGAACAAGAUAAGUUACAGAGCUUUGGCCUGCAUUAAGAUUCAGAAGACUGUCCGCAUGUGGUUGUGUAAGAGGAAGCAUAAGCCGCGCAUUGAUGGUAUGGUGAAAGUUCGAAACCUGAAGAAACAUAUGGAAAGGUUCAACGAGGUGGUGAACGGGCUGAAGGAGGGCAAACAGGAGAUGGCCAAACAGGUCCAGGAGCUGGCCACCUCCAUAGACUCUCUGUUAGCCAAAAUAAAGGCCACAGUCAUGACCUGGAAAGAGAUUGACACAGAGUACCAAGGGCUGGUGAAACGCUCAGAGCACCUGCUGUCCUCUAUGCAAAAGAAGAAGCAAGAGGAGGAAGAGACUGAGAGGCUGAAGCACAUCGAGGAGGAGAUGGACAAAGAGAGGAAGAGGAGGGAGAAGGAAGAACAACGACGCAAACAGGAGGAAGAGGACAGAAGACUGAAAGCAGAGAUGGAACUGAAGAGGAAGCAGGAGGAAGAGGAUAGAAAAAAGCGAGAGGAGGAAGAGAAGGUUAUACAGGCGGAGUUGGAAAUCCAGCUGGCUCUGGAGCGUGAGGAGCAGGCCCAGAAUGCCGCCAUACUGGAGCAAGAGAGAAGAGACAGGGAGUUAGCCAUGAGAAUCGCCCAGAGCGAGGCUGAGCUGAUCACUGAGGAGGGUCAGAUGGAUCCAGGCCUGCGCAGUGAUGAGCCUUUCUCAGAUCUUCCUAUCUCUUCAUCCUCAGCCAGAGCCAUGGGUCCUCAGGUGCAGGCAACCAAAGCUGCUGCUGGUGUGAAAAAGUAUGACCUCAGCAAGUGGAAGUAUGCUGAGCUGCGAGAUGUCAUCAACACUUCCUGCGACAUUGAGCUGUUGGCGGCUUGUAGAGAGGAGUUCCACCGCCGUCUGAAGGUUUAUCAUGCAUGGAAGUCCAAGAACAAGAAACGCAACGAUGAUGGAAGUGAUCAGAGGGCUCCAAAAUCUAUCACUGAUUACGCUGAACAGAACCCAGCUCCUCCAAUAACAGCCCAGCAUCAGGAAGUGGCCAUGAACCGCCAGCAGCGCUAUUUCCGCAUUCCUUUCAUCCGGCCAGCUGACCAAUACAAGGACCCGCAGAAUAAAAAAAAGGGCUGGUGGUAUGCUCACUUCGAUGGUCCCUGGAUAGCCAGACAGAUGGAGCUCCACCCAGACAAACGACCCAUUGUGUUGGUCUCAGGGAAAGAUGACAUGGAGAUGUGUGAGCUGAGUCUGGAAGAGACGGGUUUAACCAGGAAGAGGGGGGCGGAGAUCCUGCCCAGGCAGUUUGAAGAAAUCUGGGAACGCUGUGAUGGAAUUCAGUACCUCAAGAAAGCCAUUGAGAACAAGCAGGCCCGUCCCACAUACGCUACCGCCAUGCUUCAGAGUCUCCUCAAGUGAACCAGAGCGCCCAGAUAAGCGCGCGAGUCUGGUCCUGAAGCAUGACACUUGUGGACACACUCACAAACAUAAACAUGCACAUUCAGAGACACAGCGUACUUGUGGUGUGAGAGAUGGGAAAUCUUACUGUAGGCACUCAGUGUUUCAUUCACUGAAUCAUCUCCUUUUUAACUACCUGUAUGUCUUUUCUCUUGUUUUAUUUUCUGUUUUUUAUAUCUUUUUAUUUUGCUGUGUAACACCGUAUUGGUAUAGACUUAGAUUUGUAGACUUAAGAUUUAUUUGUGUUCACUCCUCUUCUCAGUUUAUGUUUUAAUGGAAUACCAGCCUGAGGCCUUAAAUUGCAAUAACACUGCACUACACCAAGGAAGUCUUAAUUGGUGUGUAACCUAUAUAGCUAUUAACCUGAAAUCUUAAUGUUCGAGAAUAGGGGCAAAAUAUAAUUGACUUUUAGAGAAAACGUGUAGAGAUGCUUUAAAUAGUGUGUAACAGUGUUGUUUUUCUCAAGUCAUGCUUUAUGGUCUUUAAUUAUUAAGAAUCUAAUUACUGUUCAACCUUCACAUAUACAUCCAAUUAUAAUUUUUGACAAGCAUGUAGUUUAUAUUGGAUGACAAAAUAGUUUUUCUUCCUUAGUUUUGAAUUGAAUACUGAGGUGACAUUAAUCAUGAAUAGAAACACAGUAAAUAAGUUAUAUUUACAACAUACUUAUACAAUGUUAUACUGUAUUUUAUAAUAAAUAAAUUCUAAAAGGUAUAAUAUUAUAUCUCAGUUCUCUCAUCUACUACAAGUUGGACAAAAUCAUGUAAUGGCUAAAUUUCUCCUUUUUCAUGACUGCACAUGAAAUAACACCUCCAACUCUUUUUGCUCCAGAGUGCACCUUAGAGAUUAAUCCUUUAAAGGAGUGCUGGGUUUAUCUUAGAAGUUUUGUCUUUUCAUCUCAUAUUUUCUUGCUGCUUAUACGGCUCUUGAAAUUCUUGAAAAAGGAAACUUUUUUUUUUUGUAUCGUUGCUCAUUUGAUAUGCAAGAUUGAAAGGUAGAAGUUUGUUUUCACGUUUGCAGUUUGGUGGGUUUGGGGUUGUUUUACAGACAAUGUAAUUUGUGUGUGCGUUUUUGUCCAUGUAUUUUAUUAAACUGAUCGCUUGACGCCUCUGUUAGGCCAGGCACAUUUCAACCAUCUCAUUUUUCUGAUGACGUCAUCUGAUAGCAGUACCUUUGUUUAGGCUCACACUUAUUGAGUUACAGCAGUUGACUUUUAAUGAUUCACUUCCCUCUUUGAUCUUAUGUUGUAUGUUUGCCUUUGCUCUGGAAUACUGUAGAAAAUAAAUGUAUGCCCCCCCCC